AUGUCGCAGCUAGCUGCCAACGGGGAUCGCUUCACCAAUUAUCCCUAUGCUCGCUAUGCAACGGACGUGACCUUUCAACAAACGAAUCCUGCCGGAAGCUAUGCUGAGAAGAAGUCGUAUUACAGUGGCAAACACUCGCUCUAUGGACAUAAGGUGGAAGUGUCGGUGCUUCCGAACGGGCUUGCAAUCAAUUGCACCAAGUCCAUUUUCGACGACAACUUGGAAUUCCACGCGAAUGACCUUGCCAAACAAGGCGACGACGACCGCCUGGAUGAUCCUGCGCGAGGAUACAAAGAGAAGUUCGCGCGGUGCUUCCUACCAAGAAGCCAAUUGGAGGCGUGCUGA